AUGUCUAAUGCUUUGUAUAAUCUUAAUUAUACUAAUUUUGAAGAAGCAUUAAAACAAAAUCAAUAUAUUUUUGUUAAAUUUACAAUCACUAAGAAUUGUCCAUUUUGUGAUGAUUAUACUCGUGAAUUUAAUCAAUUAUCUAUGUUUAUGGAUAUUCCAUUUGGUUCAGUUAUUUGUGAAGAUAAAGAUAUUGAGUUAUGUGAAAAACAAAAUAUCACUGUUUUACCAACUUCAAUCUUAUACAAAGACGGUAAACAAUAUCGGUCAUUAUAUGGAAUGUAUGAAUAUGGUAAUAUUAAACAAUGGGUUAAAAAUAUGUUAGAACCAACAUAUAUUGAAGUUAAAAAUGAAGAAGAAAUUAAGUCAUAUAGAACCAAUAAUAUGGUUCUUAUUACUUCAUAUUUCCCAAGUAGAAAUGAUGAACAAGAGUAUCAUUCUAUGUUACAAUAUAUUUCUAAUGAUGUUAAAAGAUUUAAACAACAAUUUAUAUAUAUUAUAAGUGAUAAAUAUAAAAAACCAACUAUAGUAAUUAAUUCAAUUACUUCUGAAGAAGAUGAAUAUUCAUUAGAAUUUGAAUUAGAAAGAAAUCAAACAAUAUUGGAAUAUAAAUUAUUAUUAGGAUUUAUUCCACCAUUUUCUUCAUUAAAUACUAUUCAAAAUCUAUUAGAACAAAUAGAAACACCAAUAUUACAUUAUAUUUAUGAUACUAAAAUGUUAAAAUCAACUCUUAUGAAAGAAAUAGCUAAAAAAUACCAAUUAAAACUUCCUUUUGUUACUGAAAGAGCACACGAAUCAAAAGUAUUAGCUGGACAUAGUCAACAAAUAUAUCCAUGUAUUUCAAUUAGUUUUGGAUUACAAGUAUAUUCAAUGAAUGAAAGUACUGAAAUUACAAAAGAAAGUGUUGAAAGUUUUAUUGAAAAUUUCUUUUCAGGAAAACUUCAACCAGCAAAGAAACAUAGAACAUCUAAUCCACAACUUCUUUCACAUCAACCACCAAUUAUUACUUCUGAUAUUUAUGAUGAAUAUACAAAAGAAGAUGCUGCUAUUGUUAUAUGUCCAUUUUCAUUUAUUAAAUGUCAAGAAUAUAUUCACUCUGUAAUGAAAGGAAUAUAUCAAGCAUUUGAAAAUACUCCAAUCAAAUUUGGUGUAAUAGACAUAGAAGAAGAUGACAUUAUUCCAGAAGAACAAAUUGUUUCAUAUCCAACUAUUGUACUUGCUACUAAAGAUGUUAAUAAAACCCAUAUCAUUUUUAAACCUAUAACUAGUUUUGAUCCAAUAGAAGUUGUUAAUGAAAUUAAUCUUCAUUGCCAAUUUAAAUUAAUUUUAAAUAAUAACGAAGUAGUUCAAUUAAGAAAAAGUGUAGAACAAAUAGUCGCUGUUAUUAGAGCAAAUGAAAUUGUUGAGAGUGAAAAUAAAAAUACACAAAAUCAAGAAAGUAAUCAACAAAAUGAUUUAACAAAUAAAGAAAAGAACAAAGAAGAGUUAUAA